AGCAGCAGCUGUUCGCGGCGCUCAGUCCGGGCUGCUGCUGCUGCUUCCUAACGAAGGGCAACACUCACUCCGGCGAGGCCGUGGGGAGCGGAGAUGGGGGACGGCAGGUCCGGCUGAAGCUCGCCCGAGGUGCCGCUUGCCCGACGGGGAGGUCCCCCCACGAGCCUCGGGAAGGAUGGGAUGUUGCACCGGGCGCUGCACUUUGAUUUUCCUCUGCACUUUACAGCUGCUUGCUGCCUUAGAGAGACAAGUUUUUGAUUUCUUGGGAUACCAAUGGGCUCCAAUUCUUGCCAAUUUCCUCCACAUCAUCAUUGUUAUUCUUGGCCUGUUUGGGACAAUCCAAUACAGGCCACGCUACAUUGUGGUGUAUGCCAUCUGGACAGCCAUCUGGGUCACCUGGAACAUCUUCAUUAUCUGCUUCUAUCUGGAGGUCGGCGGCCUUUCGAAGGACAGCGAGCUCUUGACUUUCAACAUCUCCAGACACCAGUCAUGGUGGAGUGAAAACGGUCCUGGAUGUGUACGGAAGGAGACUCCCAUGGUUGGCAUCAAAGGUUUGGACAGCCAUUCCUACGUCUCCGUGAUCGGCUGUGCGUUGGAGUACCGCUACAUCGAGGUCAUGCACAGCGCAGUGCAGAUUCUGGUGGCGCUGGUGGGCUUCGUCUAUGCCUGUUACGUCGUCAGUGUUUUUACAGAAGAAGAAGACAGCUUUGAUUUCAUUGGUGGAUUUGAUCCAUUCCCUCUCUACCAUGUCAAUGAAAAGCCCUCCAACCUUUUGUUCAAGCAGACAUACCUGCCUGCGUAAGUGACGAGGACCCAGAGACCGGACAGGCUGAAGUUAUGCAUCCAGAAUUUGAAUGCCAAAUGUCCCAGCUUUGCGGCGGCGGCAGCAAAGAGGCGGAAAACACAUUCCACUUAAAAGGACACACACACACACACACACACAGAGACACACACGCAUAUAAUGACUGUACCUUGACAAGUAGGCAUUCAAGCCAAACGACCAUUUUCCUGGCCAGGCACUUAUGCCAGUGCCUCAUCAAUAUGCCGGCUCAUUAGUGGACUUGUAGGUUUUGCUAUGAACGAACGAACGGAAAUAUGACUUCCUCCUUCCUUCUCCACCUGCUCCUUUGAGAAUCCAGAAGAGAGCAGCUGGGAAAUAUCCGCUUGAUUCUGUUACAUUCUCUUUUGCGGAACCCAUCCUUGAAUCCUCUGGCUUUGGAAAUUUCAUGGCAUAUACUUUGUUAUUGUAAAAGGGCCAACCCUUUUCCCCCAUCCCAAACUCCAAACCCACCCCGAAGAAUCUCACCUUACAGUUGCCUGUAAUAGACAAGGUGCUCCUUGAACUUACAAGUUCCUUGGUAUUUUUCUAGGUGUCAUUGCAUACUUAUUUAGAAGAACCCAAUUCUCAAGGCCCCGUCUACCCACUCCCUUUCCACCUUCAGGCCCACCAGUCAAUCUCCCCAUUGCAGGAAAAUUAAUACUGGUUGGAAACAUCCCUGGAUUUCAGAGGCCCCCAAGACAGUGGUGCGUCAGCCCUGUGCUGGAUGCUAGAUUCAUCUCUGAUCCCGCGAGGAAAAGUCCUAGGCUUGUAAGUCAAAACGAAAGAGAAGUUGCUUUCGUUCAGCCCGUCAAAACCAAAGUGCUUCGUUGUGGUCACACAUGGGAGAAAUUAAGGUAACACACGGGGGAAAUGACCAGCAGCCAUGCUAAUGAACAGCCGCCUUGUACCGAAACAAACCAAAGGCACAGCUGCGUCAAUGCGGAGUGACGGCCACGCUCCAGCUCUGUCAUCUGGGAACUUUCAGGCGGAGAUGCAUGAUCUGAACCCAGGGCCUUCUUCAUGUUCUGUUACUGAGUUGCGUCCCAGACCAAUCGCACACAUCAGCAUGUUAUUACAAAAGUGUGGAGUCGCUCAUUAUGCGUUGCAACAAGCCUCUAAGGAUGGAGAUGACGGGGAGGAACCAGAGUAGUGGCUCACAGCAUUUGGUAGUGCAGCGCACGUGCUUACAUGUACUGACCAUGUACACUGGCAACUGCCAAGUGGGGCCUGACGCACAAGUUGUAGUUUGGAAUGCUCUUGUUUAGGAUUCCAGCCACUCCAUUACAUUCCCACCCCUGGUUUUCCAUUCCGACUCCCCCAAGUCACUACAUUCUGUGGCCAUUGAGCAUGCUUAGUUCUUAUCAAGCUGCUUAGGGUCCUGCCCCCUAUAAGUUCCCCCUAUAGGGUGGGUUGUGGGAUUAGCAAGAUUGUAAAUGUUGGAGUUCCACUAAGCCCACUGAUUCAUCCUUCUUGCACAUUGGUGGUGCUGUCUUAGUGACAUAACCAAUGGCACUCACACCCUGAACGUUGGAAAUAGAGGGGAUGAUGAUACCCACAUGCUCUUAACAUCUCUACCUCUCACAUGAGUUGGGUGAGAGCAGUGACCAUUUGUGCUGGAGUCUUGGGUCUUUGUCUGCGUUGCUAAGUCAGCUCUCCGUAUCCUCUUCCGCUAAGGACUAGAAGCAUGGAUGGAUGGUCAUCUGGCAGCCCCUGUGCUGGACUCGGCCCCCCCAAAGCGAUGUUACCUGGCUCUCAGUGGGGCUAACACAUCCUAAUUGCAGAAAGGAAAGCAACCCUAUGGUAUCACCCUUAAAGGGGGAGGUAUCCGGGUGUGAUGAAAUGAGAUGUUCCACACUUCUUAGUUCUCCACAAAUAUUAGAUACCUUUUGGGUUUUGUUUGCCAGGGCAGAUCUCAAAAGCCUUGGUUGCUAGAUAGUAUCCAGGGUGGUUCUUUGUGUGAUUUUCUCCUUAUAAAGGGAUUAGACGAAGCCCUGGAGGUUAGGUAAACCGGUGACGUAUAGUCACGCUGGUGGUGCUCUUUGCUCUGUCAUAGAAUUCCUGUUUCUGGGGAGCAACACUGGGCGAACGUGAUGGCUUUCGUGCCCUGAUGGUGGAUGUCCGGGAGUAUCUGGCUUGCCAUUGCUUGGUCUGAUUCAGCAGAGCUCUUCUUCUGUUCUUAAGCCUGUCAAAUCAUGCCCAGUACAUUGGCUGGCCCUACGUCGCUCAGUGAUUUGUCCCCCUUUGGCAACUAUAGCAUGAUUUCGUGGGUUUCCCGCAAGUCCGGGUUUGCUUCAAAACAAAUCCCAUGUGAGUCGAUGUACUUAUCCCAGCACACAUUGAUUACUGAAAGUAGUCAAGCGCGUGCAUGUUGCUUGCACACUUUCGUUCAUUGAUUCGUUUAUUAUAGUUCUAUACCACCCUAGAGCUGACGCUCUCUUUUCUUGUUUCCGGCAGGCAUACACCCUCCGCCACACUUCCAUCUCCUUCCCCAAACUCACGUCCAGGAUGUUCUAGCUCAUUCCUGGCUGCUGCCCUCUGGCCUUAUCCCAGCCUGUAAUUUCCUGGUGCAUAGGGUGACCCUAUGGAAAGGAGGACAGGGCUCCUGUAUCUUUUAACGGUUGUAUUGAAAAGGGAAUUUCAGCAGGUGUCAUUUGUAUGC